AUUGCUGCAGGAAGAGAAAGAGAGAAUCGGGUUACAAGAUGGCGGAUUUGUAGUACAUCUGGAAGGGGCACUGAAAGGAGACGGGGAGGAACGGGUCCAGCAUAGUUAUUUUAAGUGGAUUGGUGCCCCUGCUGUGCUCUGUUUAAGUUGGACAUGCAGUUUUUUACCCGAACACCAGAAACUCCUAUUUGCAGCUGAACAAUUUUGACGUGGGAGAAAAGAUCGAACAGCGGCACUAUGUCAGAUACACGGCGGCGUGUUAAAGUGUACACACUGAAUGAGGACCGUCAGUGGGACGACAGGGGUACCGGACACGUUGCCUCCACUUAUGUUGAUCGCUUGAAAGGAAUCUCCUUGUUGGUCAGGGCCGAGUCUGACGGUUCACUUCUGCUUGAAUCAAAGAUAAAUCCAGACACGGCAUACCAGAAGCAACAGGACACCUUAAUUGUGUGGUCAGAAGCGGAAAAUUAUGAUUUGGCCCUCAGUUUUCAAGAGAAGGCAGGAUGUGAUGAGAUUUGGGAAAAAAUUUGUCAGGUGCAAGGUAAAGAUCCAUCUGUAGAUAUUACUCAGGACCUCAUUGAUGAAUCUGAAGAGGAGCGAUUUGAAGAAAUGCCUGAAACAAGUCAUUUAAUAGAACUUCCUCCAUGUGAACUUGGCAAACUGGAAGAGAUUGCUGACCUGGUAACUUCUGUACUUUCCUCACCAAUACGUAGAGAGAAGCUGGCACUAGCCUUAGAAAAUGAAGGCUACCUGAAAAAAUUGCUACAGCUUUUCCAAGUUUGUGAGAGUGUAGGAAACACUGAUGGUCUGCAUCAUUUAUAUGAAAUUAUUCGUGGAAUUCUAUUUCUUAAUAAAGCCACUUUGUUUGAAGUCAUGUUUUCUGAUGAAUGCAUCAUGGAUGUUGUGGGCUGCCUUGAAUAUGAUCCUUCUUUACCUCAGCCUAAAAGACACAGGGAGUUCUUGACCACAACAGCUAAGUUUAAAGAAGUAAUUCCCAUCACAGACUCUGAACUUAGGCAAAAAAUUCAUCAAACCUAUAGGGUCCAGUAUAUCCAGGACAUCAUCUUGCCAACACCUUCUGUUUUUGAAGAAAAUUUUCUUUCUACACUUACUUCAUUUAUUUUCUUCAAUAAAGUGGAGAUAGUCAGCAUGCUGCAGGAAGAUGAAAAAUUUCUUUCUGAAGUUUUUGCGCAAUUAACAGAUGAAGCAACAGAUGAUGACAAAAGACGUGAAUUGGUUAAUUUUUUCAAGGAGUUUUGCGCCUUUUCUCAGACAUUGCAACCUCAAAACAGAGAUGCAUUUUUCAAGACACUUGCAAAUUUGGGAAUCCUUCCAGCUCUUGAGAUUGUAAUGGGUAUGGACGAUAUUCAGGUCAGAUCUGCAGCUACAGAUAUUUUUUCAUAUCUAGUAGAAUUUAGUCCGUCCAUGGUAAGGGAAUUUGUCAUGCAGGAAGCUCAGCAAAGUGACUAUGAAAUUCUUCUUAUAAAUGUAGUUAUUGAACAGAUGAUAUGUGAUACUGAUCCUGAGCUUGGAGGAGCUGUUCAAUUAAUGGGACUUCUGCGAACUUUGAUUGACCCAGAAAACAUGCUGGCCACAAGUAAUAAGACUGAAAAGACUGAGUUCCUAAAUUUCUUUUACAAGCACUGUAUGCACGUUCUUACUGCUCCUCUUUUAGCAAAUACAACAGAAGACAGAAUUAGUAAAGAAUCAGACGUGGGAGCUGUGCCAUUACACCCCAAGGAGGUUCAGCUCAGAGGGGCUGGUCAAGUCCAGGAGAACAGAGACGGAGCCAAACAGUGGACUGUGCGUUUUGCAAACAGAGAUGCUCAGUUGGAAAAGCAGAAGAAGAUUGAGAUGGAGUAUGCAAAUGAAUCAGUACGUCACAGAGCCUGCCAAACAAGAUGUGAUGCAGUUACCGGAUCCAGCAAGAGUGCUGCAGUCUGUCCUGACAAUUUCCAGACUGCGCAACUCCUUGCUUUAAUACUGGAACUACUUACUUUUUGUGUUGAACACCAUACAUACCAUAUCAAAAAUUAUAUCUUGAACAAAGACCUGUUAAGGAGAGUGCUGGUCCUGAUGAAUUCCAAACACACCUUCCUGGCUUUGUGUGCAUUGCGCUUCAUGAGGAGGAUUAUUGGCCUCAAAGAUGAAUUUUAUAAUCGUUACAUCAUUAAGGGAAACCUGUUUGAACCUGUAAUUAAUGCCCUUGUAGACAAUGGAACUAGAUACAAUCUAUUGAAUUCUGCUGUUGUUGAACUUUUUGAAUUCAUAAGAGUGGAGGAUAUAAAAUCUCUUACAGCGCAUAUUGUUGAAAACUUUUACAAAGCACUUGAGCCUAUUGAGUAUGUUCAGACAUUUAAAGGACUAAAGACAAGAUACGAGCAAGAAAAAGACAGGCAAAGCCAAAAGCUAAGUAGGUAUCGAAGAGAUGCAAGAGCAUUGGAUGAAGAUGAAGAAAUGUGGUUUAAUGAAGAUGAUGAUGAAGAAGGUGAAGCGGUGGUACCUCCUGUAGAGAAAGCUAAAUCUGAGGAAGAUUUUCCUGACAGCUAUGGAAAAUUCAUUGAAGCUAAGAAAGCUAAAGAAAAUGAAGAUAAAGAGAAUCUUCCUAAAAGAACUGCUGGUGGCAACUUCAAAUUCACAUUCUCCCAUUCUUCCAGUGGUACAAACAAUAACAGUAAGUCUGGAGCAACCCAGGCAUCACCAGGCAGUCCAAAUAGCUCAUCCUCAAAGAGCAGCAACUCUUCUUCAUCGGUAUCUUCAGCAAAGCAGGGAGGCUUAGUUGGUCUUGUAGACUAUCCAGAUGAUGAAGAGGAUGAAGAUGAAGAUGCCUCCCCAAGGAAAAGGCCUCGUCUUGGAUCAUAAGAUGUGGAGGAAGAUGUCUGAUUACAAUGAUACAGAUGUUUUACAAGCAGAAGUUCUGAAUCGGAAGAGGCUCCAUUAUGGAAAACACUGUAGAUCACCACCAAGAAUAGAAAAUUGUUUUCAGUGUUUAGCUAGAGGGUUUAGUUCUGCCAAGGGAACUGCCACCUUUUCUCAUGGACUGAUCUUUCUCUAGCAAAUACAGACUGCGGGCCAGACAGGCAGGACUGCAUCUGGAUGACUUUGAUUUUUCAGUCAAGGGGGUUUCCUAGUUUGGGAGGUUUAGGAAAAAGAUGUGGGAUGAAGAUUUAGAAGUCACAGGAGUUUCCUGUUUGAAGCCAAAAAUCUGUUGCAGUCCCAGAAAUCUAAGUUAAAUAAAUGUGGUGCUGAGUACUUCAUUCUGCUUUCAUCAGUCGCCUCAAUGUUGUUAAAAAGGCGAGGAGUAAACCCUACUAGCUCAAAAAUGGUAAUUUAUUUCGGGACCAGUAUAUUAAAGCUGUAUAUCCAAAGCUGGUUGACUGGGGGAGCUCAAGAUCAUUAGGUGCAUAAUGGAUAUAAAUAAGUAUCUAGGAACCCACAGUAUGAAAAAUGAACAGUUCCUCAAAAAAAUCUAUCUGAAACGGAAGUGUCCAAAUGGAGUGUACUGGUUUUUAGAAUAAUCAGUAGCAGACACACAAAUAUCUUCAGUAAUACUUGGUACCCGAUCGGAUCAUUGCCCACUUUUAAGAUUUUUGUCACAUUGAAAAGGUGCAUUUAUUUAUCUGCGUCAACAUGUUCAUGGAUCCAAUGUCAGUUUAGUUUUUAUUUAAUACAGUUGUAAUAAUCUUGGAGGAGAUAAUUGUCAUAUUCAAAUGUGUAAAGUUAGGAUUACUUUAUACUGAUUAUACAUAGGAAACACUAAUUUAAUAAAACAUCAAGAAGAGUUCAGUAGCUUUCAUUUCAUUUUGUUUGAGCCAAAGGUCUUUUGGACCAGAAUGUUGGGAAAUUACUACUUUUACUGAAGUUAGGUUCAUUGUUUUGAAAUACCAGUCCAAGAUCUGUAUUGUACUUUGUCAUGAAAGUAUUGUUUAAGCCUUUGUGUACAGAUCAGACUAAAAAAAUUGUUGAAGUAUUCUUUAAGUAAAAUUUGUGGAUAUAGAUUUAUUUAAAACUUCGCCUUGAAAUAAUUGAAUUGGACAUUGAAAUGUUAACAGCUGGUUUGAUCCGCUUUUUUUUCGGAGAAACUUUUCUAAGUGUAGGAGCAGCGACUGUAAAUAUUUUAAUGCCAAGCUGCUUCAUUUUUGUUCCCAGUAAAUCAUGCCCAUGCAUUGAAACAUUUUUGUUACAGAUUUAAAACCAUUGCAUCAGAAUUGGCUUGUUUAAUCAGCCUAAUCAAAUGCAUCCAGCUAAUGAUCAGAUUAACCCGUAUGUACCAUGGUUUUAUUUCUCCUUUAAUAAUGCACCUAAAUGUGACAGUACACUUCUUUUGAAGGGUUUGUAGUUUUUAGACUUUCUGAGGGGGAAAAAAAAUGACUGUAUGUGUAGAUAUGAAGAGUAUGUUUUCCCAUAAAAUAAGUUUAUUUUGUAUUGAUAAACUACCACUUUACGUUUUACACCAUGUGUACUCAUGUGGUGUUGACUAAUGCUGAACUGUAAAAUACAAGAAUUAAAAUGUGACCUUGUAAUUUUAUGGCCUGUUUUCGUCUUAUUUGUUGUAAACAGUGGUACAGUUGAGUUUUAAAAAGUAUUGACCCAGAGUAUUAAUUUGCCCAUGGAAAAAAAAAUUUUAUAUGCAGAAUGUUUUAACAUUUUAAUAAAGCAUUGGGGCUAUAAAAACAAGUCUCUUUUUUUA